AGAGAGAGAGAGAGAAUCAUCCUCGCUGAAAGUAUCUGCAGAAAUUUCUGUUAGAAAACAAUGAGUUAUUACAAUCAGCAACAGCCUCCUGUCGGUGUUCCUCCUCCUCAAGGUUAUCCACCGGAAGGAUAUCCGAAGGACGCUUAUCCGCCGCCGGGAUAUCCUCCACAACAAGGAUAUCCUCAAGGUUAUCCUCCUCAGGGAUAUCCUCCUCCUUACGCACCUCAAUAUGCUCAGGGGCCGCCGCCUCAGCAACAGCAGAGCACUGGCUUCAUGGAGGGCUGUUUGGCUGCCCUGUGCUGUUGUUGCCUGCUGGAUGCUUGCUUCUGAAAGCUUCUGCCGGCCUUAAUCGAAUCAAAUGCUCUUCAUUUCCGCAUGUAUCUUUCUAUCUUUUUUCCGUCUCGUUUUCCAUUGAAUCGGACCUUUGCUUGGAUUUAAAACUCUGUGUGAUACUGUUCUUCAACUUUAA